AUGAAAAAUAUAGGUCCCUAUGAGCCACAUAAAUUCCUUGGGUCUGGAUCGUUCAGUGGCGUUUGGGAAUGUCAGCAUAUGACAACCGGUGAAUCUGUUGCUUGCAAAGUUAUAGACAUCAACACUGCAAUCUCAGAUCAAGUUUAUUACCACUUCCGUAAUGAAUUACUCAUCCAUAGCAAAAUUCACCAUUCAAGUAUUACGCAACUUAAAGACAUUAUCAUCGAUAAAGACAAUAUUUACAUUUUUAUCGAACUUUGCGACGGUGGCGAUCUAAACGAUAUCGUCCAGGAUGUUGGCGGCCUUACAGAACAAGAAGCCAAACACUAUUUCCACCAAAUUAUCGACGCGCUUUCAUAUAUUCACAAAUUAGGUGUUGCCCACAGAGACGUUAAAUUAGAAAAUAUCCUCAUCACAGCUGAUGAUGAUGCUAAAUUAACAGACUUUGGACUCUGCAAACAACAACGCGGUAAUGAUCCGAUGUUGACAACUUGUGGCACACUUGUUUACGCAGCACCUGAAAUUAUCAGGGAAGAACCAUACAAUGGCAUGAAAGCAGAUAUUUGGUCCGCUGGUAUUGUUCUUUACGCUAUGAUUGCAGCUCAUUUUCCAUGGGUUGUUCCUGAUGAUCUCCCACCAGAUAUUUUAAUGAAAGAGACUGCUAAACAGAUCGCUAGUGGAGAUAUUAUUCUUCCAGAUGGAAUUAGCUAUGAACUUCAGAAUUUACUCGGAAAUAUGCUUAAUGUAGAUCCCGAGGAAAGACCAACAGCAGAUGAGAUUCUCCAGCAUCCAUGGUUUGCAGAUCUUAACGAUUCCGAUGAAUAUGAUGAAAAACCAAAUAACGAUAUUAUUAACCUUGUUGAGAACCUUCUCAACGAUCUUGACGCUAAAAGAGAGGCCCGCAAACAAAAGAAAUGA